CUCAAAAAGGACAUUAACUUCUGUGUUAACCCAUUCAGUUUAGCACAGGUUUGGGAUUUUAAGGGGUUAGUCAUUCAUUAAUGGCAAGCACCAGGGAUUUACCAUUCAGCUGAAACCAGAUGGAAGGAAAUGGGUUAACUAAAAAAAAAAAAAAAAACAGUUGGGGUUUGCCUUUGGUGUCAUGCCAUUCAGCAUACAAAGGAUUGCAUCAGGUCCAGUCAAUCAGCAGUCGACGCACUGCACUCCUUAAAGCAAGACUGUCCAGGUUUAAGCUGGGAUGCAAAUUAUCGUGCUGUCCUUCCUGUGGGUACUGGGAACAUCAGCGGUGUUGCCCGACCCCAGCCCCACCAAAGAAGAGCCCAUCCCUUGUUCUAAGGGAUGCACCUGUCUACACGAUGAGUACAGCUUGGAGCUCAAUAUGUACUGCAGUGCGCGUAACUUCACCCAAGUCCCGUCCAACAUGCCAGGAUCCACGCACUCUCUCUGGCUGGACGGUAACCUGUUCACCUCGCUCCCGGCUGCCUCCUUCAAGGAUUUGAACAGUCUCAACUUCUUGACCCUGCAGAGUGGCCAGCUGGCGAGCGUUGACGCUCAGGCGUUCAGAGGAUUGAGGUCGCUGGCUCAUGUUCACCUGGAGCGGAAUCGCCUGCGCAUGUUACCGGGUACCAUCUUCCAGAACACACCAAACCUGGCCUCCAUUAGUCUGCACAACAACCAGCUCAGUCGCAUCGACGAGAGACUCUUUUCUGGACUUUCGCAAAUGUGGCUUCUGAACUUGGGGUGGAACUCCAUCGCGGUCUUACCCGAGACGGUUUUCCAAGACCUACACAGCCUCAGGGAGCUCGUUCUUGCUGGAAAUCGACUUGCUUACUUGCAGCCACAGCUCUUCCAGAAUUUGGCUGAGCUGAAAGAGUUGGAUCUAAUGGGAAAUCACCUCAAAGUCAUUAAAGCCAAUGUGUUCGUGAAGCUCCUUAAACUCCGGAAGCUCUACCUGGCGCAGAACCAAAUUGUGACAGUGGCACCAAGAGCCUUCAUAGGCAUGAGAGGGCUCAGAUGGUUGGAUCUUACCAACAACAAACUGACGUCUCUCCAUGAGGACACCUUCUUGGGCUUGCACACUCUUCACGUGCUGCGUCUUUCAAACAACUCCAUAGCCGGAAUCAGGCCAAGGACGUUCCGUGAUCUGCAGUUCUUGGAGGAGCUGCGACUGAGCCAUAACAGAAUCCGCGCCCUAGGAGAGAGAAUUUUUGAAGGUCUUGGCCAUCUGGAGGUUCUAGAGCUUGAACACAAUCAAGUCCAGGAGGCACAAGUGGGGAGUUUUACAGGACUAUCCCAUGUGGCCGUCAUCAACCUCUCCGGAAGCUGCUUCCACAGUCUACCGGAUCAGAUCUUCAAAGGUCUGUCAAAGCUUCACAGCCUUCACCUGGACAAUGGCUGCCUCACAAAAAUCACAACCCAAGCCUUCACGGGUCUCUCUGGUCUGAGGAGACUUUUCCUGCAGCACAACAACAUCUCUGCCGUGGAACGCCAAAGCUUUGCAGACCUGGUGGGCUUGUUGGGACUGGACUUGAGUUUCAACAAGCUGGACGUUCUCACAAGCCAAACAUUCUCCGGACUUAAGAAUCUGGAGUACUUGCUCCUGUCCAACAAUGAAUGCCGCCAAUUUUUGCAAAACGGAACCAAAAAUCUGCCGAGGAUGCGCUACCUCGACCUGAGAGCCAACGCGCUGACCAGCCUAGUCCCAGACUUCUCAGAGGACAUGGAGAAACUCUUGCUCUCCGGAAACCGCUGGAGGUGUGACUGCGGGGCACUCCCGCUACGGAACUACAGCUUGAGGAAUCCGCAGGUGGUUCCUCGGAGAGUGGAGACCCACGCCGAGGGCGAGGAACCUGAUAGUACUAUCACGAUAUACAACAACAUAACAUGUGCAAGCCCGACACGGUCAGCUGGACAGGAUCUACGGGAUAUUGACACGGAACUCUUCCAGACUUGCAGAGCAGCUGCGCACUGACAUGUGCAGAUGAAGCCCCAAUUUUGACCAAAUAAUGAACCAAAUGACCUUCCAACCCAAACCAAUUUGGUUUGCAUCUGCUUAGGAAAAGAUUUUUGGUAAAAUGACAAAUAAAAAGUAUGAAUCUGUUGUAAUGUGCAUGUAGAUAUGUGUGGAAAUGUGUUUACCUGAAAGUAGUUUGUGAUGUAAGUUCUCUAAAAUGUAAUAAAUGCAU